CGUCAGCCGAGCAUUUUUCUUUUCUCUCUGAGCAAGAUGGCUGGGGGUGAGGUUGGAGUGACUCUCGGGCAGCCACAUCUUUCCCGACAGGAUCUCGCCACAUUGGAUGUUACCAAGCUGACACCACUUUCACAUGAAGUUAUCAGCAGACAAGCUACAAUUAAUAUUGGUACAAUUGGUCAUGUAGCUCAUGGGAAGUCAACUGUGGUGAAGGCUAUUUCUGGAGUUCACACUGUCAGAUUCAAAAAUGAGCUAGAAAGAAACAUUACCAUCAAGCUUGGAUAUGCUAAUGCUAAGAUUUAUAAACUUGAUGACCCAAGUUGUCCUAGACCAGAAUGUUAUAGAUCAUGUGGAAGUAGUACACCAGAUGAAUUUCCUACAGACAUUCCAGGGACCAAAGGGAACUUCAAAUUAGUCAGGCAUGUUUCCUUUGUUGACUGUCCUGGCCAUGAUAUUUUGAUGGCUACAAUGCUGAACGGUGCAGCAGUGAUGGACGCAGCUCUUCUGUUGAUAGCUGGCAAUGAAUCAUGCCCUCAGCCCCAGACUUCUGAACACCUGGCUGCCAUAGAAAUCAUGAAACUCAAGCAUAUUUUGAUCUUACAGAAUAAAAUUGAUCUGGUAAAAGAAAGUCAGGCUAAGGAGCAAUAUGAGCAAAUUCUCGCAUUUGUGCAAGGAACAGUAGCAGAAGGGGCACCAAUUAUUCCAAUUUCUGCUCAGCUGAAGUAUAAUAUUGAAGUCGUCUGUGAGUACAUAGUGAAGAAAAUACCAGUGCCCCCAAGAGACUUCACUUCAGAGCCCCGUCUCAUUGUUAUCAGGUCAUUUGAUGUCAACAAACCUGGCUGUGAAGUCGAUGACCUUAAGGGAGGUGUGGCUGGUGGUAGUAUUCUAAAAGGAGUGUUGAAGGUAGGCCAGGAGAUAGAAGUCAGACCUGGUAUUGUCUCCAAAGACAGUGAAGGAAAACUCAUGUGCAAACCAAUCUUUUCCAAAAUUGUGUCACUUUUUGCCGAACAUAAUGAUCUUCAGUAUGCUGCCCCAGGUGGUCUCAUUGGGGUUGGAACAAAGAUCGACCCCACUUUGUGCAGAGCUGACAGAAUGGUGGGACAAGUGCUUGGUGCAGUUGGAGCUUUACCUGAAAUAUUCACAGAACUGGAAAUUUCCUAUUUCCUGCUUAGACGUCUUCUGGGUGUACGUACUGAAGGAGACAAGAAAGCAGCAAAGGUCCAAAAGCUGUCUAAGAAUGAAGUGCUUAUGGUCAACAUAGGAUCCCUGUCAACAGGAGGAAGAGUUAGUGCUGUCAAGGCUGAUUUGGGCAAGAUUGUUUUGACCAAUCCUGUGUGCACAGAAGUAGGAGAAAAAAUUGCCCUUAGCAGAAGAGUUGAGAAACACUGGCGUUUAAUUGGUUGGGGUCAGAUAAGAAGAGGAGUGACCAUUAAGCCGACUGUAGAUGAUGACUGAAGACUUCAAGUUAAACAAUGCCUUGGGAUGGAGUUGGAAUUUCUUUUAAUAGCCUAGGGGUAUAUUUUCAAAUCAAUACUAGAGAGAAUUUCAUAGCUCAUUACCUUACUAAUAGCUAUAAGUUUAUUCUUAUAUUUUGGCGAUGAAAAUGUAACCUCUAUUUUUUUUUUUUUUUGAUUCCUUGUUUUACAUCAUGUAGCUCAAUCCCACUCACCCCCUCAUAACCAACCUUUGCCCUUGCAACCUCCCACAAAAUAAGUAACACACAAACAACAAUAACAAGACAAAGCAUAGAAAACAUGUCAUCGUGGAAGCUGUAGCUUCUGUGACAGCACCAAUAUUGGAGCCUGGUUAGGGCUCCCUUCAGUUACCCUGUUGCUGUGCUGUGUCGUGGAGAUCUUGCCACUUUAGAAUAGAAGGGCUGGCCCUUUCAUGGUCCCAACCAUUGGAAGAUGAUAGAGAUUUUAGGGUAGGUCAAUUCAGAGCCCUGGAUCUGGGCUGGGGUGGUAGCUUAGCUGGUCAGCCGGCCCACUCUUCCAAGUGCUACACUUCAAGUGCUACAGCUUGUGAGGGGCUGGGCCAGCUCUCCCAGUGUGUCUGUACCCUCAGGGCCAAUUUCACAGUGUGCCCAGGUGAGGUGCAGGGACUGUUCAUGCUCUCCCUAUAGAAGGUGGCAAUGAGGGAGGGCAUCCCAUCCACGCCACUUCAUAACAGACAAGUGGCAGGGCCAGCUGCCCAGAGUGCUGUAUCCAAUGAGGGGUGGGGCCAGAUCUGCACAGCUUCAGACAUCCCAGUGUUCUCUAGUGGUAAUAAUGAACCAUGGACACUGACCCACCACUGUGGAGCCACAGACUCAAACAUGACCCCAAUGGCAGGGAUGUCCACUCAUAAGAGGCUACUUCUUUCCACUCUUAAGCCUUCAAUUCCUUUUUUCUCUCCCAUCUGUCAUGGUAACAAGCAGCUAUCUAUGGCCAUGUACUGGAGGGCAGGUCUGUGGGUGGCAUGGAGGCCUACAAGACCUUGUAUUUCUCUUCCCAUGCUGCCUUGAUUUAAUUUGACUUUUAUGAGCCCUUGGCAUAAGACAAGUUUUGGCUAUCAGCUAGGAUGAACAAAGGGCUGCCAUCUCCUCUGCCCCUGAUAUAGAGCAAUAACACCAACAAGGUGUUUCUGUGCCCAUUGCUGGAGUUGUAACCUACUUGUACUAUGGGGCCUAAAAGUAAAUGUGAAAAGUGGUAUACUGUAUACUACAUUGGAUCAAAUCUACAUUUUAGCAAAAGUAAAGCAUUCCAAAAUAAUGUCUAAUUUAUCAAUCAAUGAAAGUUUGAAGUGAAACUUUGCUGCAACUAGCCUUUAGCACGUGUAUCAUGAACUUACCUAAAUUGAAAUGAUCUCGUGGUUCAUCUGUGAGUAGCUCCAUAGUGUGAAGGGCAACUAGUAAAAGAUAAAGACCUACCCUUUUAUUUGUCUUUCUAUUUGUGAUUCUGUUGUCUGAAAUUUGAAGGAAGACUACCAAUGGGCUCAGAUGAGCAUUGCUCUUAAGAAAUUGCAUGCCCAUUCAUUCCCUUAACACAGGUGGAUCUUUAUUAUUCGUUUCCUGGAUGGGACCUUAGGAAUCAAGUGAUAAUUGACAAGGUUCUGUCUGGGUUGCUCUUUUUGAGGUCUUAGUUUUAGUAAGCUAUGGAUGGAACAGUCUCUUGCAUGAUGAAUAAACACUCUUAUCAUUGACUCCACUGCCCCUGGCAGUAGUACCUUUCCUUAGUUGGUAGGGUUAUGGUGGAAAUUGUGUUAUUGGUAAUCUUUGAGCCUUGAAAGAGGUAAAAAUUGUUCAAAAACUAUGUCCUCUGGUUUCUAAAUCUAUUCCCCACGUGUCUGCAACUUUCUUAUACUGUGCUUUUUAAAUUAAUCAUGUUUUUGCUUAAUUAGAUACUGUCUUAGAGCAAUGAUUUCCAACUCUGGCUGACAUAAGAAUUGCUGGGGAAGUUUCAAGGGUGGGGGAAAAGAGCCCUGGGGUGGAGUCCAGGCUUUAAUAGUUUUUAAAACUUGCCAGUGUUGAGAAAGAAGUGAGUUUAGAAAUAUGCAUCCCAAGUAAUGACGUCACUGAUUUUUGGUUCUUUCGUUUGCUUCUCUUUUGGUUGACAUACAAAUGGGAUUUAGUGCCGCAAUUACUAUGCUGUGCUCUUUGGGAUACUGCAGCUGCCUUAAAGAGGUUUACAUCUGUGGCUGCUAGUCUUGAGUUUGAGGAAACCUAUCGACAUCAUGUGUUUGACUCUGAAAGGUUGUAUUGUAGCAUGAAGAAAACAAAUAAAACAAGGUUCUGAAUCAAGCAUUAAGUUUA